GGGGCCCCGAUAAAGAGGGAAAGGAGGGGGCACUGCAUGCAGUCACGCUCCUAUCACCAGUAAUUAAAAGCGACACCCGCAUAACCAGGAGUAAGCAAGUACUAAUAAUAAAGUACUAAUACACACUAAUUAAUCAAUUGAUAAUAAUACAACCAAAACAAGUAUGGAUAAUAACAGUCAUUUAUUCAGAUUCAAUCUCUCUAUGCUUAGAUUGCCUAAAUCAGCCAAACUCAGAUCUUUCGGAGUAUAUUUGGCUGGUGGGUUAUAUGCUGUAGGAUUUUGGUCAAUAAUAGAUGCUGCUAUUUAUUCUAAAACUGUUAAUGCCUCGAUUGUUCAUGUAACAUUUGUCGAUUGGAUUCCAUUUAUUUGUUCUACAUUAGGAAUGCUUAUUGUUAAUUCCAUUGAAAAAUCCAAUUUAUUUGUUGAUUCAAAUACUUCAUUUGCUGGAGGUAGUAAUGGUAAUGCAUGGGCAGCUAGAAUUAUAUUAUUUCUUGGAUUUGCUUUAUUGGCUGGAGGUUUAGCAGGUUCAUUUAUGGUAUUUAUAUUAAAAUUCUUAUUAAAACAAUAUACUUUCCCAACCCUUGGAAUGGGAGUUUCAAAUAUUGUUAGUAAUGCUUGUGUAAUGCUUAGUUGUAUUGUAUUAUGGUUAUCACAGAAUAUUGAAGAUGAAUACAGUUACAAUUUAGCAUUAUAAUAAUGUAGUAAUCUAUGGCGAAUCCACCGUGAAACAUGCAUUAAUAUAUAAAUAUAAAUAUAA